GAUAUCCGAAGCAUACGUACGUUGCGCACGGGCCCACCAUUCGCCACGUCUGACAUAUCAAAAAUACUGACGAAAAACUAAACCGGUUCAAAAAAUCAACAAUUUUCGGUUAUGUUAGAAUCCAUUGUGCCUGACUAUCGCAAAUCCGGUUUUUCUACCUCUCUGGAUCUCCUCUACAAAACCCACAACUAUGAUUAAAGGAUUAAAAACAGGAUAUAAAGGAUAGAAAGGAUAGGAUGAGUAGUCAGGAUGAGACAGCGAGCCUAUUGGUGGGCCAGCCGUCUCUGACUAGUGCCUCAUCGCCAGCCAACUGUUCAAAGCCGGUGCUGAUGCGUCAAGAGUGCACCACGUUUUUGGUCUCUUCGCACCAUCCCCAGCUGUCGGUUUUUUCCGACAGCGAGGAGGACGGAUCACUGUGCCUUGAGGAAAACAGCACGCGCUCGGUUCCCGACAUUGAACUUCACUGCAGGCUCGAUGUUAAGGGUUGCAAGCAAAAUUUGUCGUCAAACAUUCCAACUAGAAAUCGUAGCUCUUCGAACGCAUUUCAAUUGGCUCCGUACACGUCUUCAAGUCCUCGAGGCAUUUUGGAAAGAAGAACGUCGCAAACGCCAGCUUCGACGUUAAAAAUCGUACGUUCGGUAUCGAGGGAAAGUGUGCGUUCGAUACAUCACUGCACUUGUCCGUGUUUGAAUGCUCCGCUGCGAAAACCGGUUUCAACCCUUUCUAUCCCCGGUGCGGUGAAAAAUUCCAGCAGGGACUCUGGAGGGGGAGUAGCUAGAAUGCAACAGGAAGAACCUGGAGUAGCUUUGGUCGGCCAUGUGGACUAUCCCAGGUUUAUGGACGCUGACCGGACCAUCGGCGCCGGCGUCUACAAGGGCCCAUCGUCUGGAAGCCUAAAACACAAGCCCAAUGUGGGCUACCGUCUGGGUAGACGCAAGGCUCUGUUUGAGAAGAGAAAACGAAUCAGUGAUUAUGCCUUAGUUAUGGGAAUGUUCGGAAUCAUUGUCAUGGUCAUUGAAAACGAACUUUCCAGUGCCGGAGUUUAUCGGAAAGACGAAUUUUAUUCAAUAGCGCUCAAAACUUUAAUAUCUGUUUCAACUGUGAUUUUGUUAGGCCUAAUCGUGGCCUACCAUGCUUUAGAAGUUCAGCUUUUCAUGAUAGAUAAUUGCGCUGACGACUGGCGAAUCGCGAUGACGUGGCAAAGGAUCUGCCAAAUAACAAUGGAAUUGACCAUAUGUGCAGUGCAUCCGAUACCGGGACACUAUCUGUUCGUGUGGACGACUAAAUUGGCCAACCGAAACGGGGGCAUUGGGUCUCGAUGCGUGCCCUACGACGUGCCCCUAUCUUUGCCCAUGUUCCUCAGACUCUAUCUCAUAUGUCGCGUCAUGUUGCUGCAUAGCAAAUUAUUUACGGACGCUUCAUCAAGAAGCAUAGGGGCACUCAAUCGUAUCAAUUUUAACACACGCUUCGUACUGAAAACCCUCAUGACCAUUUGUCCCGGAACAGUCCUUCUAGUAUUCAUGGUCUCCCUAUGGAUUAUCGCCAGCUGGACCCUCAGACAAUGCGAAAGAUUUCAUGACGAAGAGCACGCAAACCUUCUUAAUGCCAUGUGGCUGAUAGCCAUCACUUUUUUAAGCGUUGGCUUCGGCGACAUAGUACCGAAUACAUACUGUGGCAGGGGUAUCGCAGUCACAACAGGAAUUAUGGGUGCAGGGUGUACGGCCUUAUUAGUAGCAGUAGUUUCCAGAAAAUUAGAAUUAACAAGAGCUGAAAAACAUGUUCAUAACUUUAUGAUGGACACACAACUAACUAAAAGGUUAAAAAAUGCAGCAGCCAAUGUUUUAAGAGAAACAUGGCUGAUAUACAAACACACAAGGCUAGUGAAACGUGUUAAUCCCGGCAGAGUCAGGACUCACCAACGAAAAUUUUUGCUCGCCAUUUACGCAUUGAGGAAAGUCAAAAUGGACCAGCGAAAAUUGAUGGACAAUGCUAACACGAUAACCGAUAUGGCAAAGACUCAAAACACAGUUUAUGAGAUAGUAUCAGAUAUGAGUACGCGACAAGAUACUCUAGAAGAUCGACUUUCAUCUAUGGAAGAUAAAUUAUCCAGUUUACAAGAGCAACUAGAAUGCCUGCCCGAGAUUAUUGCUUCUAGAAUUCAGGUUCAGGCUGAAAAAAUGGAGCAACGUAGAAAUUUCCUUCACCCCGAGUCGGCAGCAGGCUUACAGCAGGCUCGAAGCGUGCCUCCUGCUUGUCCUUGGCCAGGACCUUCUUUACCUCCUUUAGGAAAAACCACAACAACUUUGUCCAAUGCUGCAAGUUGAUUUUCUCCAUAAAGUAAACUCUGAGCAGUAUUAGGGCUAAAUUAUAUCUUUGUUGCGUAUUUUACGUAUCAUUUAAUUAAUGACUUGUGCCUGUAAAUUGUUAAAUAGCAAAAGUUUUAAAAAUCAUAAUAAUAAUAAUAAUAAUAAUAAUAAUAAACGCCUCUAUAGCUGCUUUAUUAGUUAAACGUAGUUUUAAAAAUUAAUCCUCCAUAAUAAUAAAUAAAUAAAAUAUUAGAUUUGCAAACACAAGUCUUAAACAUAAAGUACAUAACAAAGAAUAUAUAAAGAAUUAGAGCCUUAAUAUUAUAUACAGUAUUAGUUCUAAUAAGACAGUUUCGAACACUUGAUUGUAGGAUCUAGAAAAAUACGCCAUCGAAUCAAAUACUAUAAUCAUACUUAUCAUUUUAAAUAACUUAAAUAACAGUAUUAAAACCAACAAAAUAAAAUUGUACUCUGUUGCUGUGCCAAUCAAAAACAAAAAUGCUGCGCAGUAUGAUGACUUAUGACUAAGAGACCAAUGUGCAAACGUACAAGGUGUUUUGUGAAAUAUAGUUCGUAUACUGUGACAUUUGUUUAAAAAAAUCAAAAUUGUUUUUGCUUUAAUUAUGAAAAACCAAAAUUAUCUCAAUUGGUUUUUAGAUAGACGAUAGAGACGAUAGACGCUAGGUAUGAUUAUAGUAUUUUGUAAAAUAUAUUUUAUUUAUAAAGCACAUGAUAUGUAUAUGAUACACAAUUAAUUUUAGCGGAAAUUUAAGAAUGACUAAAACCAAAACAAAUAUUAAAUAUAUAAUUUUUUUUUAUUGAAUUUUAUGUAAAGUAUGUACAGUUUAAUUUAAGGUUUUUAUAUUUAAAAUAUAAUUUAUAACAAGCGUUUUC